AUGGGGGUGAUGUCGCCGCGCACACUGCUCCUGCUGCUGGCGGCCUCCCUGGCCCCGACCAAGACCCGCGCGGGCUCACACUCGAUGCGGUAUUUCCACACCUCCGUGUCCUGGCCCGGCCUCGGGGAGCCCCAGUACAUGGAAGUCGGCUACGUGGACGACACGCAGUUCGGGCGCUUUGACAGCGACGCGGAGAAUCCGAGGAUGGAGCCGCGCGCGCCAUGGAUGGAGCAGGUGGGGCCGGAGUAUUGGGAGCACCAGACACGGAUCGUCAAGAACAGGAAGCAGUGGUACCGAGUGAGCCUGAGGACUAUGCUCCACUACUACAACCAGAGCGAGGACGGUGAGCUCUCUCAUAGGCUCCAGCACAUGUAUGGCUGUCAUGUGGGGUCCCUGAACGAAGACCUGAAAACGUGGACAGCGGCAGACAUGGCAGUGCAGAUCACCCGAAACAAGUGGGAGCAGGCUGGUGCUGCAGAGGGAAAGAGGGCCUACUUGGAGGGCGAGUGCGUGGAGUGGCUCCGCAGAUACCUGGAGCUCGGGAAGGAGACGCUGCUGCGCACAGGAUCCCCAAAGGCACAUGUGACCCAUCACCCCAGAUCUGAAGGUGAUGUCACCCUGAGGUGCUGGGCUCUGGACUUCUACCCUGCUGACAUCACCCUGACCUGGCAGUUGAACGGGGAGGAGCUGACCCAGGACAUGGAGCUUGUGGAGACCAGGCCUUCAGGGGAUGGAACCUUCCAGAAGUGGGCAUCUGUGGUGGUGCCCCUUGGGAAGGAACAGGAUUACACUUGCCAUGUGUACCAUGAGGGGCUGCCUCAGCCCCUUACCCUGAGAUGGGAGCCUCCUUCAUCCACCAAUUCAAACAUGAUAAUCAUUGCUGUUCUGGUUGUCCUUGGAGCUGUGGCCAUCAUUGGAGCUGUGGUGGCUUUUGUGAUGAAGAGGAGGAGAAACACAGGUGGAAGAGGAGGAGACUAUGCUCCAGCUCCAGGUUAG